GCUUGGUCUUGGUCAGGUGUCUGUGGUACAGCGACGUAAACUUUCCUUCUGAGAAAUCGAUUCGGGUUCGUGUACGGACAAACGCUGACAAGGCCAUGCUCAGACGGAUAUUACAAAUGACUCCUGGGAAAGGAGGCUCCCAGAAUGCAGAGUCGGAGGAGCCCACCACAGACGUUAACCAUGAUCAAACCUCUGAGGGCUUCAUCUGUCCUCAAUGCAUGAAGUCCCACAGCUCAGCAGAGGACCUGUUCAAGCAUUACGAGCUGUUCCAUGACACUGGAGAACUUCCUGCUCAUAUGGCCCCCACCAGGGAAGAUCUCACAAUGUUGCGGCAGGAGGUUCAGGACCUUCAUACAUCGCUUAAGGAAGAAAGAUGGUUCUCUGGGGAGCUUAAAAAAGAAUUAGACAAAGUCCAAGGACACCUGAAGCAAAAUGACGGACAGAUGAGCUCAGAGGAUUCAGUACUAGAAAAGAAAUUAAAUGAAUCAGAGACAGAAAAGUUUAACAUCAAGCAGAUGAAAGACUUGUUUGAGCAGAAGGCCGCCCAGCUGGCCACAGAGAUAGUAGAUAUAAAGUCCCGCUAUGAUGAAGAGAAGAGUAUAAGGGAAGCUGCUGACCAGAAGCUCUCUAAUCUAACUGAACUGCUGCAGCAAGAGAAGAAAGAGAAUGAGAGACUUCAGACUGAACUGCUGCAGCGUCCUGGAGUGGAGGAUGUUGAGGUACUGCAAAAGGAGCUUGUGCAGGUGCAGACACUAAUGGAUAGCAUGACUCGUGAGAGAGAGGAGGAGUCUAAGCGCAUCAGAAACCACUAUGAGCAGCUGCAGGCUAAGUUUACUACCUCAGAGAUUCGUAAACUGGAGAUGACUAUUUCACAACUGAAAGCAGAGCUGGAGAAGGGUCCACAGGAAGCAGCUGUUUAUACACAACAGAUCCACCAGCUACAGGGGGACCUGAAUAAUGUGCAACAGCAAAACCAGACUCUUUCUGAAAAGCUUGGACGCAAGGAAAAGGAGUAUAAGCAGCUGGAGGAGCAACUAAAGACAGAGAAGACUGCCAAAAAGGCAGGCCAACAUAGCCUGAGGGAGAAAGAGCAGGAAAUCCUAGCGCUGCAGACCCGAGCCACUGGAGCAGAAGCGUCCCUGCAGAAAGCCAAUGCAGAGCUUGGAGAGAGAGCUGAGGAGGUGGCUAAAUUCAAGGGUGAGAUUACAGACCUUGAGGUGAAGCAUGCUGAACUGAAGGUUGAGAGGAAACAGUGGGAACAGCAGAGGGAAGAGAAGGACAGCCAAGGUGCUCAGCAGCAGACUGAAAUCGGUCAGCUGCAUGCAAAACUGCUGGAGGCAGAGAGGCAAGUGGGUGAGCUCCAAGGUCGUCUGAAAGAACAGAGGCAGCUGUCCGGGGAGAAACUGAAAGACAGAGAGCAGCAAGCAGCCGACCUGCAGCUUAAACUCUCACGUGCUGAAGAACAGAUGAAGGAAAUUGCCAGUAAGAACACAGACCUGCAGCACCAGUUGGAGAAAGCCAAGCAGCAGCACCAGGAGCUGCAAGCACUGCAGCAGAACACCAACGGCAAACUGCACGAGUCGCAGAAUGACCUGGAGCAGGUAUUACGCCAGAUUGGAGAUAAGGACCAGAAGAUCCAAAAUUUGGAGGCUCUGCUGCAGAAGAGUAAAGACAUUGUGAGCCAGCUGGAAGCUGAGAGAGAAGACUUGUGUGCCAAGAUUCAAGCCGGAGAGGGAGAGACUGCUUUGCUCAGCCAACUAAAAGAGAAAAACCACACACUACAGGAACAGGUAACCCAGUUGAUAGACAAACUGAAGAACCAAUCAGAGAGCAACAAACAAGCCCAGGACAAUCUACAUAAACAGGUUCAGGAGCAGAAAACUCUCGUCCGUUCAUCCCAGGACCGGGCCCACACCCUGGAGACAUCUGUCUCUGAGCUCACUGCUCAGCUUGCAGACAGCAAGGAGAAGGUGACCCAGCUGGACUCUCAGUUGAAAGCAAAAACAGAGAUGUUGCUGUCUGCAGAGGCAGCCAAAGCUGCACAGAAAGCCAACCUGGAGAACAACCUAGAGUCUGCCCAGCAUGCACUUCAGGACAAGCACCAGGAGCUGAAUAAAGUUCAGAAGAAAGUGGAGGAACAGGCACAGAGGCUAAAGGAGAAGCAGGAACAGUGCAGUCAGCUGGAAGCCUGUCUGAAGGAAUACAAGGACAAGCUUGUGGUAUCAGAGCAGCAUGGAGAGAAGUUGGAAGGGCUCAACAAGAAACUGGAAACACAAGUUGUGGAGGUGCAGGCUGCAAGAGAUCAGACACAACAAGAAGUGAAGAAUCUGCAGAAAGAGGCCUCUGAGGUCAAACAAAAAGCUAAGGAGCUGCAGCUUUUGCUGGACAAUGAAAAAGCAGGGAAUGUGACACUUCAAGAGGAAAUAAAGACAAAGACCUCUUCAUUGAGUGACACCCAGAAACAGUUGGAGUGCUGUGAGCAGGACAAAGCUGCCCUUGAGCUAAGUGUGGUCAAGCUGACCCAAGAAGGGAGGGCUCAGCAUGCAGAGUUGGACAGGAAAGCACAGAGCCUCAUUGCAGACUUAUUGAAGGCCCAACAGGAGAAAGACACUCAAAAAAAAGAGCUGAUCUCAAUUCAGGAAAGUCUCGACAAGACUCAUAAGGCCCUAAAAGAAUGUCAGAGUCAAGUGGACACUGAGAGGAAGAAUCACAAGGCAGCCUUGGAGGAAAAGGAGAAGUCUUAUGAAAAGACAAGAGGGGAGCUUCAGAGCAAUAAUGAGAGCUUCAGCAAGGCAAUGAUGGAAUCAAAACAACAAUUUGAGCAAAUGAGAGAGGUAGAGAAGAAGCUGAAAGUGCAGUUGGCAUCAUUGGAAAAGCAUAACUCAAAGAUUCAGGAUGCGCUGAGGGAGAAGGACCAAACCUUGGGUAAGCUGGAGGUGCAAUUUAAGACGGCCAGUGGACGCUAUGAGGAGGAGAUAAUGAAGCUGAAGGGACAGGUUGCAGAGUUACAGAAAGUCUGUGUUAAGAAAGGGGAGGAAGAGCGCCAGCUUAGGGAGCAGGCAACAGAAGUGAACCAGCAGCUGUCUUCUGAAAAGAGCCGGACAGCGGAGCUACAGAAGGCCUUAGAGCAAAGCCACGAAAGCCUCACAAAGCUCCAGUCUGACUUGUAUGGCAAAGAGUCUGAGCUUUCGGCACUCCAUCAAGACCUCAAAGUAUCCGAGGACAAGCUAUGUUUGAAACAGGAGGAGCUGGUAGCUAACCAGACCCAUCGAACUGUCUUAGAGAAUCAGAUCCAGGAGCUAAAGAAGAGCCGGAGUUCUCUGGAACAGGAGUUAGGUAGUCGAGAUCAGAGACUCCAACAGCAGGAGAAUUCAUUGAAAGAUCUCAAGAAGCAACAGGGUCAAGUUAAGAUGGGCCUGGAGAAGGAGAGGAGCAAAAUGGAGGAGCUACUCAAAGCCAACAGUAUCCUGGAAAAGAGCAACGCCAGACUGACAUCGGAGCUGAAAACCCUAGCAGAGACGAAUGACAAGGAGCUGCGAGAGUGGCAGGAAGCCAAGCAGCUGUUGAUCCAGCAGAAACUGGAGCUGCAGGACCAGGUGAAGGUUGCGCAGGAUGCCCUCCGUCGGGAACAGAAAGAGUACCAGACCACCAUGGACAGCAGGAGCCAAAGAGAGGAGCAGCUUCUCGCCAAAACCAAGGCUCUCCAAGAUCAGCUGGCGUCCGAGAGGCGAGCCAAAGAAGAGCAGUUGAAGCGUGGUGAGGAAGCGGAAGCAAAACUGGGCGUCCAGGUGACGGCGCUGAAUGAAAACGUAGCCACGCUGAAGAGAGAGUGGCAGGGCAGCCAGCGACGGGUCUCUGAGCUCGACAAGCAGACGGACGAGCUGAGGGGCGAGAUCGCUGUGUUGGAGGCCACCGUACAACACAACCAGGACGAGAGACGUGCGCUUUUGGAGAGGUGCGUGAAGGGCGAAGGAGAAAUCGAGAAGCUCCAGGCCAAAGUGGUGGAACUGAGGCGGAAAGUUGACGACACAACGGCGGCCAUGCAGGAGCUGGGCCGAGAGAACCAGUCCCUCCAGAUUAAGCAGUCCCAGAGUCUCACCAGGAAGUGGGCCGAGGAUCACGAGGUGCAGAACUGCAUGGCGUGUGGGAAAGGCUUCUCCGUCACUGUCAGGAAGCACCACUGCAGACAUUGCGGGAACAUUUUCUGCGCCGAGUGUUCGUCAAGGAACGCCCUGACGCCAUCCUCCAAAAAACCUGUGCGGGUGUGUGAGACGUGCUUUGAGGACCUCCAAGGCUGAGUUGACUGUCAAGGGAAACUCAAUGUUGUCUUUUUCAUGUAAGAUGUGCACUAAAAAGGAGAGACCCCAUGUGUGGACAUGCGGGGAAAGAAAAGGGGACCUUUUAUCGAGAGGUGGCAGGGUCACAUGGUGGCGUGGGAGCAAUUGGUAUUGUGUGUACUUGUUUUUGUGCCUUUGCUCAAUUCUGUGAACGGCCACGAGGUGGCCACAGAAGCAAGUAAACGCCUCCCAUGGCUUGAAGUUCUCAUCAUCUGCAGUGUUGUGCUUCUGUAAAACUGGUGUAAAAAGUCGACGGAACCUUGAAGGCGUCACUGGGCAAGUCGGUUUCGUAAUAGUGAUGUUGAACAGCACAGCAGUCCCGCAAAUGUAAAUGCAAGUAAAUAUUUUGUUUUUAAAAAAAAAAAAAAAAAAAACAAUGAGAGGAAAAAAAAAAUCACAAAUAUAUAUUUUUAUUUAAACAUCAUGCCUACAUCUGCCUAGCAUAUAGUGCUUUGGUAAUGUUGAUGUAUGUUGAUUUAGCUCUUUGAAAGUCAAAGGUUAAAUGACACACCGGUUCAAGAACACUCACCUGGAAAAACCCCAUGACUCAGUUAAUUUGUGUGCAUCUCUUAAAGCUGACGACAGAUCAGUUACUCCACGUUGCCUUCGUGUGGCAGCCUGUGUUUGUGUGUCAGUUGUGUGUAUUUGUUAACAUUGUUGUAUAUCAUGACCAAAGAAUGUGAGGAGAGGGGGGGAAAAAAAAAAAAAAAAAAAAAAAAAGUUUCAUUUCAGUAUUUCAUCACAUUAUACAUUUGUUUUAAAGACAGCACUGCACGCCACGUAUGACAUUUGUUUAUUGUGCCACAUUGCUGGUUUUGUGUUAACAUCUUUAAAAAAAGGUGGUGCUUAUUUUUUCCCCCCACUGGUAAUGCAGUCAUUAAAUGUGCCUGCAUGACAUUGUUCUUUUUUUUUUAAUGGGUUUAUGCUCAUCUGCACAAACUACUGCCGCGCUUGUGUGUGUCCCUUUGCAUACAUUGUUGGCCUGCUGUCGUAUGUCAAGUUGCACAUUGCAAGACCUGCGGUUAUUUUUGCUUGUCUUGUCUCACAUGCCUGUAAGAAUUCAAAUCCUUGUUCAAAUAAUUUAUGACCGCAGUUGUCACGAGUUCUUAAAACGUCUAAGCAGUGAAGCAGGCCCUAACAAUAUAUAUACAGUGCUAUGAAAAAGUAUUGGUCCCCUUCUCAAAUUAUAUUUUUGCAUAGUUUCCCCACUUUGUUUAAGAUCAUCAAACAAAUGUAAAUAUCAGACAAACUGAAAAGGCUGUCUUUAAAUGAUUUCAAUUAUUAUGGGAAAAAAAAGCAUGCAUGGUAGGUUAAUUGAAGACUCUAAAUUGCCCGUAGGUUUGAAUGUGAAUGUUUUGUUUUUUUUAUGUGCCCUGCGAUUGGCUGGCGACCAGUUCAGGGUGUACCCCGCCUCUCGCCCAAAGAUAGCUGGGAUAGGCUCCAGCACGCCCGCAACCCUAGUGAGGAACAGAUGAUGAAUGAAUAAUAAUAAUUAAAAAUAACUACUCACCUAGUCACUGUCAAGAUCUAAUUCCACCUAAAAAGCUUAAACAAUUUAGUGUCCUCAGUUCCCAAAUGUUUAUUGAAUGUUGUUAAAUGAAAAGGUGAUGUAACACAGUGGUAAACAUGACCCUGUCCCAGCUUUUUUGGAACGUGUUACAGCCAUAAAAUUCUGAUUAUUUGCUAAAAACAAUAAAGUUUAACAGUUUGAACAUUAAA